AACCACUGUCGUCCAUUCCGUCCAAAUAAGUAAAAUUGCCUAAUUAUAUUGGGAAGCCUACCACUCCAAUUACCAAAACCCAUCACCUCCAUACCUAUUCCAUUCUGUCACCUGCUCCAUAUUUCGAAUACAAAUCUGGGUUUUGGAGCUCUCUCGCCAUAGCCGCUAUUGCUGUUUUCUACAAUUUGUGUUUCAAUGGCGGUUGCGAGUAGUUCUCUGACAGGUGGAAGUUUCAAUUUAAGUUCUACGUCUUGUUCUACGUCGUCUUCUCCUUCUCUGGAUUGUUUUCGUCAUCAACUUAGUUUUUUCGGGAGUCGGAGAAGAAUUAAGCCGUUGGUAUAUUGGACGAGAUCGCAUUCCUUGAGCCCUAAAUGUGAGUUAUCUUCUAACUCGGUGGUGAAAAAUGGCAAAAAGGAAUCUAGAACAUCGAGUCUUUCUGCUUUGGAACUUCUGAAAACUUCUGCUGCUGAUCGAUAUACAAAGGAGAGUAGCAGCAUCAUGGUUAUUGGACUUAACAUUCACACAGCACCAGUCGAAGUGCGGGAGAAAGUUUCUAUCCCAGAAGCACAAUGGCCUCAAGCAAUUCGCGAACUGUGUUCUUUGAAUCAUAUAGAGGAAGCUGCUGUAUUGAGUACUUGUAACAGAAUUGAAAUAUAUGUUCUGGCGCUUGCCCAAAAUCGUGGAAUUAAAGAAGUGACUGAGUGGAUGUCUAAGUUUAGUGGAGUUCCAGUUACAGAGCUAUGCCAACACCGGUUUUUGCUAUACAAUCAAGAUGCCACACAACACCUGUUUGAAGUAGCUGCUGGACUAGAUUCCCUAGUCCUGGGAGAAGGUCAAAUUCUUGCACAGGUCAAGCAGGUUGUUAAGAAUGGACAAGGUGUCCCUGGCUUUGGUAGGAAAAUAAGUGAGCUAUUUAAGCGUGCAAUCACAACUGGUAAGAGGGUAAGAACUGAGACCAAUAUCUCCAGCGGAUCAGUAUCAGUCAGUUCAGCGGCGGUGGAGCUUGCUCUGCUGAAACUUCCAGAGUAUUCUUCUUCUAUGGCUCGUGUGUUAAUUGUUGGAGCUGGCAAGAUGGGAAAGCUUGUGAUCAGACACUUGGCUGCUAAAGGGUGUAAAAAGAUGGUUGUCAUUAACCGGACAGAGGACAGAGUUGCUGCCAUCCGUGAGGAGUUGAUGGAUGCUGAUAUAGUAUAUAAACCUUUCUCAGAAUUGUUAGCAUGUGCUGCUCAGGCUGAUGUAAUAUUCACAUGCACUGCUUCGAAAGCCCCUUUAUUCAUAAAAGAGAGUGUUCAAGCUCUCCCUUCUGUGGACUCUGAAGAUGGAUGCCGGAGGCUAUUUAUCGAUAUUUCUGUUCCUCGGAAUGUGGAGCCUAGUGUUGCUGAAGUUGAAGGUGCAGAUGUUUACAAUGUGGAUGAUCUUAAAGAGGUUGUGGAAGUUAAUAAGGAGGAUCGGUUGCGGAAGAAAAUGGAAGCUGAGACUAUCAUUGCUGAGGAAGUGAAACAAUUUGAAGCACUUAAAGACUCCCUUGAAACCGUUCCAACUAUCAAAAAGCUCAGGGCAUAUGCUGAAAGAAUUAGGUCUGCUGAGGUUGACAAAUGUUUGUCUAAGAUGGGUGAUGAUAUCCCCCAACACAAGAAGAAGGCUAUUUAUGAUCUUAGUCUAGGGAUAGUAAACAAGCUGCUACAUGGACCAAUGCAGCAUCUGAAAUGCGAUGGAGCUGAAAACCGAACUUUGAGUGAAAUACUUGAAAAUAUGCACGCCCUUAACAGAAUAUUUGGUCUUGAUACAGAGAUGUCUGUAUUGGAAGAGAAAGUACGAGCCAAGAUAGAACAAAAUCAAAAGCAAUCCUCUUGAGGUUCUUCUGCCAUUCAGCUAGAAAAGGUCAAUAACAUUCAGCAAAGUUCAAUCAGGAAUGAUCAUCAUUUCAGAUCCUUUCCUGACAGUUUGCUAGUUUUGACUGUAUCAAAUUAGAGUACACAGAACAGAUGUGAAAUUCUUUGUUUUAAACCAUAGGUAGCCAACAUUACACGAAAGAUUCCCUCAGAUUGCGGGAAAGUCUGCCAUAGUUGCAGUUGUAUUUCUUACAUAAGAGUAUAUAUCCAUCCAUUUGUUGAAUCCAGAUGAGUAUUCAUAAUAUAUCAGAAGUUCAUGAGGGCUUUGUGAAGCUUCUCACUUUACUGUCUCAA